GUAAAGUUUUUGUAUUUCUUUCCACUGUCCACAUACUUCCUUGUUCUUCAGUUCAGACAGGGAGGGAGAGAGAGCAAGAGAGAGAGGCUCAAUUAGCUGGUGUUAAAUUAUUAACUGACAGACAGAGGCAGAACUGAGACAGAGAGGGAAAGAGAGAACUAAGAGGUAGAGAGAGAGAGAGAGGCUUAUUUUAAUUUCAGUUUUGGCUGAUCAGCCUGCAGCCAGGAGAGUAGAGUCAGUGAGGCGCACGAGCUCGGCUCAGGUGUUGGAUGUUACUUGACUCGACAUGGAGCUGCUGCGCUCGCUGCUGUCCCGACUGAAGACAGUCGAUUCCAGGACUGUGGAUCAGGAGUACAGUAUGGUGCGUUCACGGUCUUUGGGGUAUAAGAAAGAGCUGGGCUUGACCUCUGAGGCUGGAGCUCUGAAGGAAAACAUCAAGAAGAACAGAUAUAAAGACAUCCUGCCAUAUGACCAGUCUCGGGUGGAGCUCUCUCUGCCGACCACAGACUCCAACUCUGAUUACAUCAACGCCAGCUUCAUCAAGGGGGCGACAGGAGACUGCAAAUACAUUGCCUGUCAGGGGCCCCUCAGCUCCACUGUGACGGAUUUCUGGAGGAUGAUCUGGCAGUACAACGUCAAGGUGAUAGUCAUGGCCUGCAGAGAGAUAGAGAUGGGAAAGAGAAAGUGUGAGUGUUACUGGGCUGCAGCUCAGCAGUCGGCUUCAUUUGGACCGUUUACUGUCAGCAACCAGGAGGAGACACAUCCCAAUGAAGAUAUAGUGGUGAGAAAUCUGACCGUCACGUUCCAGCAGGCCAGCCGGUCAGUGAUUCAGUAUCAGUUCCUUUCAUGGCCGGAUCAUGACGUUCCCUACGAGACUGCUGGAGUCCUGGACAUGCUGGUGAGAGUCAGGAGCAGCCGUGGAGCCAACGUCUCACCUCUGCUGAUACAUUGCAGGCUGAGGGGCAGCACUGCGACAGGGCACACUGUCCUGCUGAAAGAGGCCACAGCCAUGCACAGUUUCUGCAACAAUGCUUGGGUAGUUGGUACAUGUCAAAGUAACAUCCACGUGGAUGGCAGGACCCAGCAGAACACCGUCCAAACCAACACACUGCUUCCACCAGCUGCCUCCCAGAUAAGCGCUGAUCAGUUCCAGUUCAUCUACACAGCUGCCGUCUCUAUGUUUGAACAAUUCCUGCAGACAUCUGCGGAGCAGGUCUACAGCAACCUACAGUCAUCACUGAGCUGCACACGAUUGAAAACGUGGCCUCACACAGCAGCUCAAAUGUCCUUCUCUCUGUCUGUACGCAGAUUAUCACAGCAGGUUGUCAUGAAUGAUACGUACGCUGUGGUCAGCAAGCCCAAACACGCCCAUCCACCCCCAUCGGCUCCCACCUACUCAGCUGUACCCCUGUCCAGAUCCAAUACUGGAAGCAGGACAAUGCCCACCUCCCAUCACUAUGACAACGACCCCAAGAGUGUGUCAGCUGCUCCCAUCUACAGCACCGUCAAACCCCGAGCUAAACAGCAGAGCCUGCCACCCUCAGUGACACCCAUCUAUGACAUAGCAUCACCGACCGGUCAAAAGCCUGGGGAGGACUGGUUUAACUGUCGGAUUCAGAAGCCCAGAGGACCCAGAGAUCCUCCAGCUGAGUGGACUCGGGUGGAGAGAUGAACUGGUUUAACUGGACUAUCAGAGACUGUUGGACUGGACUGAAUUAGACUUGAAUCUGACCGUUUGUGUGAUUUGAUAUUCUAAACUGGUGUCACUGUGAUCAUCUGGCCGGGUUCAGAAAGCUGCCUGUAAAUAUUUAUCGAAAUCAUGCUUGACGUGUCUGUGUUUUAUGUAUUUAAAGGUUCAAUUUACCUUUUUGGUGGGAAUAAUUUAAUAUGUUAAAUAUUUCGAAUAGACGUUUACAGACUUUGACCACAAUCUUAAAUCAUAUUUGACCUCCUGACCAGGGGCUUUAUCUUAUUUUAGAUGUUGAAUCUUCACUGUCACUAUCAUUUGAAGACACAAAAGCUCAGUAUCACUAACAUAGUACUUUGAUUUUGUAACGUGAGUGUUAAUGACAAAUUGUAAAAAUAAAAAUGGAACAUCACA